AAUGCUUCAUCAUCAUCAUCCAAAGAGUCGAGUCUGUUUGGUGUUUCACUCUCGGAGCAUAGCAAAGCUGACUUUGUCUCUUCUUCAUUGAGAUGCAAGAGGGAACAAAGCUUGAGGAAUAAUAAAGCAAUUAUUCGAGCUCAAGCAAUCGCGACUUCAACACCAUCGGUCACAAAAUCGUCCUUAGACCGCAAGAAAACCCUUAGAAAAGGAAACGUGGUUGUCACGGGAGCUUCUUCAGGGUUAGGGUUAGCAACGGCAAAGGCAUUAGCCGAGACAGGUAAAUGGCACGUGAUAAUGGCGUGCAGAGACUUCCUCAAGGCUGAGAGAGCCGCUCAAUCCGCUGGCAUGCCUAAGGACAGCUACACUGUGAUGCAUUUGGACUUAGCGUCUUUGGACAGCGUGAGGCAGUUCGUUGAUAACUUCAGGCGAGCCGAGAUGCCUCUCGAUGUGUUGGUCUGCAAUGCUGCGGUUUAUCAGCCAACAGCUAAUCAACCUACUUUCACUGCUGAAGGGUUUGAGCUUAGCGUUGGGAUAAACCAUUUGGGCCACUUUCUUCUUUCAAGAUUGUUGAUUGAUGACUUAAAGAACUCCGAUUAUCCAUCAAAACGUCUCAUCAUUGUUGGAUCCAUAACCGGAAAUACUAAUACAUUGGCGGGUAAUGUACCUCCGAAGGCGAAUCUUGGUGAUUUGAGGGGAUUAGCAGGUGGGUUGAACGGGCUAAACAGCUCGGCGAUGAUAGAUGGAGGAGAUUUCGUUGGGGCAAAGGCGUAUAAAGAUAGCAAAGUCUGCAACAUGUUGACAAUGCAAGAGUAUCAUAGGCGUUUCCAUGAAGACACCGGCAUAACUUUUGCUUCCCUGUACCCCGGUUGUAUCGCGACAACUGGUUUGUUCAGAGAACAUAUACCUCUCUUCCGUACCCUCUUCCCUCCUUUCCAGAAGUACAUCACAAAAGGUUACGUCUCCGAGACAGAGGCUGGGAAAAGACUUGCUCAGGUGGUGGGUGACCCAAGCUUGACGAAGUCGGGAGUGUAUUGGAGCUGGAACCAAGACCUCGGCUUCAUUUGAGAAUCAGCUGUCUCCAAGAAGCUAGCGAUGUCGAGAAGGCUCGUA